UCGCUCAUUUUGGACGGAUGUUACUUUGUUCAUGAUACAGGAGAAUGACGGAGUGAGCGAGGUUAAUCCAUCAUCGUCCAAGACCAGGCUUUUGUUUUUGUCUUAUCAAUUUCAUUUCCUAUAUACUUCCAUGUUGAAUGGAAUUUUUAAUUGUUUUAUUUGUUAAAAAAUUGGCGUCCUCUUAAAAGCAAGGUGCGGGCGCUCUUACUUUGAAUGCUCAUUUGCGUCAAAACUGUAUCAGUUUUUCCCUUUUUUUGUGUGCCUUGAAACCCCUUUUUCUUUCUUCUCUCUGUUCAGUUCAGUUUAAUUCAAUGGACAUGGACAUGGCUUCUUCCUCUUCCACAGCCACGCAGAAUCAAAUUCAACAAGAAAACGCCUUCGAUGAGCUUGCACCUUAUUAUCCUGCAUCUAAAUCUACUGAGCCCUGGGACAUCUUUAUCAAUCAUUAUGGCCGUGAUGUGAAACACACUUUAGCCACUACCAUCUACGACAAACUUCAUUCCAUGGGAUUCCACGUUUUUCUAGAUAAGGAAGCCCUUCAAGCUGGUGAUUGUAUUCCACCGGAAUUACAAACACGCCAUAGCUAGUGCUACGCUUCACAUUGCUAUUUUUUCCCCCAACUACGCCCACUCCCCAUGGUGUUUGGCUGAGCUAUCUUUCAUGCUCAAAUCUGUUGGGAAAAUCAUUCCCAUUUUCUAUCAUGUGGAGCCCUCCGAUCUCAGAUAUAUUGAGCAGGGAAAAGGAAUAUAUGCCCUGGCAUUUUCAGAGCAUGAAAAGAAGGGCAGAUACACAACCGAAAAGCUUGAUGUGUGGAAAAGGGCACUCUGCGACAGUUCAUUCCUAUACGGCUACGCGGUCAACAAUAAUGAGGACGAGGCCACGGUUUUGAAGAGUAUUGUGAAUCGUUUACUUCAAAUCAUGAAGAAAGUCCCGUUAUGGGUAGCCGAGCAUCCACUUGGAUUGGAUUAGCUGGUUGAAGGCUUUGAAUUGGUUGCAACAAAAGAUAAAUUAAAAAUCACGGGGAUCGAGGGCAUGGGAGGCAGUGGUAAAACCACAUUGGCCAAAGAGUUGUACAACAUAAAUUUUUCGUCCUUUGAGAGAUGCAGUUUUGUUUUUGAUGUACGAGAUGCAGCGUCAAGAAAUGCUCUGUGUGAGAAACAGAAAAAGCUUCUGGCUGACCUCGGGGUCCAUCAUUUGCAGUUCGACAAUGUAGAUGAAGGCAAGGUCAUUCUUGCAAAUCGUUUGAGCGGUCAUGGGGCGCUCAUUGUUUUGGAUGACGUGGAUCACAUCGACCAGCUGAAUUCUUUACUGCCAAAUAAACACAACCUUGGAUCCAAUAGCAUGGUCAUUGUAACGACCCGAGAAUUGGGUGUCCUUAAAUCAUGGGGUCUCUCCUGCAUUUAUAAUAUGCCAGCACUUGCCAAGCCACACGCCAAGCAGCUAUUCUGCUGGCAUGCUUUCUUGCAACCCUUUCCACCCGUCGAAUUUGAAACUCUGGUUGAAGAGUUCUUGAAGGCUUGCAAUGGUUUGCCUCUGUCACUCAAGGUAUUGGGUGCACAGUUAUAUGGCAGAAAGUCCAAAGAUUACUGGGAAUCCCAAUUACAUAAAAUCUUAAGAAUUUUGCCUGGCGAAAUUAAACAAACGCUACAAAUUAGCUACAAUGCGCUCGAUGAAGAAGAGAGAAAAAUGUUGUUAGAUGUAGCUUGUUUUUUCAUAGGAGAAGAGAAAAGCAGGGCAAUAGCAGUGUGGGAUGGAAUCAGGUCGGAGUGGUUUACAUGGAUUAGAAACACUCAUGAAUAAGUGUCUUGUGGAGCUGGUUGAGGAGGAAGUGUUCAACAAUUCCCCUGUAAAGAGAAUAAUACGGAUGCAUGAUCAGCAUAGGGAUAUGGGAAGAGAGAUUGCAAGUAGACAGUUACCAUACCGUCUUUGGUGUCCACAGCAGAUUGAUAACCUGAAGAAACAUUCCAAGAUAAGAAAAGCAAUUCGAGGGAUACAACCUGCAAAUGUUUUUGUGGCAUUCAAAGAGUAUACGCAUUGGUUAAUGGGAAACUCAAGCAGACAAUCUAAACGACAUAGAUUCUCAAAUGUAUUACAAAUUCUUUUCGUUGAAGGAAAUGAGUUUACGGAAGAAUUUGCAUCAUUAUCAAAAGACCUUGUAUGGCUUCGCUGGGAAGGUUUUUGUCUACGAAAUCUUCCAUCAUGGCUUACAUUAAAAAAUCUAAGGGUUUUAGAGCUUCGUGGAGCUGAAGAGUUGGAAGAAUUGUGGCAGGACAAUGCAGAUCCUCCUUUGCAAUUGAGAGAGCUUAUUAUAUGGGGUAACCGAAAAUUGCAAAGGCUUCCAAGGUCAAUAGGACAUCUUCGGUAUCUGAAAAAGCUUGAAGUUGCUUUUCAUGGUAGCAGUUUGUCAGAAGAGUUCUGUGACCUCCGUUCACUGGUGUUUUUGCAAUUACUCUCUCCAGUGCUAUCUUCGCUACCUGCUGGUUUUGGCAAUUUAACAAGCUUAAGAAAUAUAUCUCUACAGUUUUGCGAGCAGUUGAGCAUGUUGCCCGAUUCUUUCAGUCAACUGAUAAAUCUGGAAGUUUUAAAUUUAUCAUUUUGUGAUAUGUUAUCUGCAUUACCUGUUGGUUUUGGCAAUUUAAUAAACUUGCGGAAGAUUAAUCUACAGUCUUGCGAGAGGUUGAGCAUUUUACCAGAUUCUUUCAAGCAGCUGAUUCACCUCGAAAAUUUAAAUUUAUCAAGUUGUGAAAUGCUAUCUUCACUUCCUAUUGAUUUUGGCAAUUUAACAAGCUUGAAAUAUUUAUAUCUUUCCUAUUGGAAGAAAUUGAGCAAUUUACCUGAUUUUUUCAGUCAACUGAUAAAUCUGAACGUUCUAGAUUUAUCAUUUUGUGUAAGGUUAUCUUCACUACCUGCUGAUUUUGGCAAUUUAACAAGCUUAAGAAAUAUAAGUAUGAGGAAUUGCAAGCAGCUGAGCACUUUUCCAGAUUCUUUCAAGCAGCUGAUUCACCUCAAAGAUUUAGAUUUAUCAGGUUGUGAAAUGCUAUCUUCACUACCUUUUGAUUUUGGCAAUUUAAAAAGCUUGAGAAAUAUAACUCUGCAGUCUUGCAAGCAGUUGAGCACUUUACCAGAUUCUUUCAAGCAGCUGAUACACUUAGAAAUUCUAGAUUUAUCAGGUUGUUCAAAGCUUAAAUUGAGAUUAGAUGUCCUGGAAAACAUCAGGAAGCUCAAGGAGUUGAACCUUAGCGGUUGCAAGGAAAUGGAAGAUUUGCCUCAUCAAAUCAUCAAUCAAACGUGUUUGACUAAGUUAUAUUUAAAAGGUUGUAUCAAGUUAAGAGGUGUAGAUUUGCUACCAGUGUCGCUCAAAAUUCUAAGAAUACACACUUGCAAUUUGCUGAGGAACAUCAGGUGUAUUAGUGGUCUCAUUCAACUUGAGAAAGUGCAAAUACAUGACUGCCUACAGAUAGAAGAACUCCCAAGCUUGGCAGAUUUGGCUUCACUGAACACAUUUGAACUAUGGAGAUGCCCCAAAGUUGAGAAAAUACUAGGUUUGGAACACGCCAAAUCAUUAAAGAUAGUGAGAGCAGACACACGCCAAGGUAUACAUAGUUUGGAGAAAGUGGAACGAUUGGAAAGACUAGAGCUCAAAUGUGAGACUAUAUCAGCUGUGAAACCUUGUAUUCAGUCUAUAAAGGGGAAGGAAUUUCCAAGCUACAUGUGGUUACAAGGCAGCGUGAUCCAUUUGGUACUUGGUAGAGCCAAUUGUAAAUUCUUUGGAGUUUCCUGAUCUUGCGGUGAUGGAGGUGGAGGAGCCGUCCGAUGUAGACAAGAUUCUAUUUGAGGAAGGUUUAGAUGCCGUUUUGUGUUAUGUGGAGGAAGAGGAUCUGUUCGAUGAAGACAACAUUCCAUUCGAAGAAGGUUUCGAUACCGUUUCCUGUCAUAUGCAGAAAAAUAACAAGGAGAGCAAAGUGGUAAGUUUAUGUUAUUCCAAACGUGUAUGUGAUAGAUUAACAAAAGCAAAGGUUGUCUCGGGCAAAAGAGGAAGAGUCGUGGAGGCCUUUUACCAAUUAUUGGAACUUCUGGAUUAAUUGGCAGUUACACAAAAAUGAAAAAUGUCUAACUUUCUGCAGUAGAGGGGCUAUUCUCUCACACACAUGGUUGCAAUUUUUGAAAUUCUAUUCUAAACAUGUAUAAAUCUGAACAUCCAAAUUAAAUUAAAGUGAAACAAUUGUCAGAUUAGACUUCAAACCCAAAGCUGCCUUCUAAUAUAACUUCAUACAAAUCAAAGGGAAGAAAACUAUCUAGACAAGGGUGUUUCCCUGAACUGUGUUCAAAUGCAGAGGCUUAAAGAAAGUAAACAAAAUUCUUCUACUUGACAGUGAAAGUUUGAAUUUUUUUACAUGUAUUUGAGUCUGUCAAGUUUUUCUCAGUAUUUUCUAAAGGCGGCUCGAACAUUUCCUUCCGGGACACAGCAAAUGCCAACUCAUAUGACUUCUCCUAUGCCUGAUUGUCUGACAACGUGCAUAGUUGUUGAAACUCCCCAGCGUUUGUAAAUCUCAUUUAUUAACGAGCCAGUUUUUUUCCAUUUGGAGAUGUGCCUUUCCUCAAUUCCAAGAUAUGUGUAAUUUUACAGUCACCUUGGCCUAUGGGUUCCACAUGGUUAGGUGGUGUGGUAACGACCAUUGGGGAUCGAAGGUAGUAUUGGACACCAGUCACUCAUCAUUUCUUUAUGCAUUCUCGUUAGUUCAAUUCAUGAGAUUAUAUAAUUCUAAGACAUUUGAGUUCUAUACAGAUGUAACUCGUAAUGAUAUUUAUUAGAUCU